GUUCUGGGCUUCUAGGAGACCUACGCUAGCUUGAGGUUGGGGGACAAUAGUGUCCGUCGUUGACGCCACAAGAUGGAUAGAGAAGCUCAAGAUUCAAAUGAGAUUGAAGAUCAUAUUACUGAUGGGUUGGAAGAGAUUUUAGAUUUGCAUGGAACAGAACAAGAUAGUUGGAGAAUUGUCAUGGAAAAUUGGCAGAGACAAAGAGAUAUGUGUGUCAUACAACUUAUUUGCUACAUUGUCCAUGCAUUGCAUCUAUUAAAUAGACAAGCCUCCAGUGGAUCGUGGGGGUUGAGUUUUCAAGUAAGAGAGGAUAAAAGAAGAGAUCUUCUGAAACAAUUGCGUAAUCAUGAAGUUUCAUGUCGUGCAACAUUACGUAUGGGGGUAGAAGUGUUCGCUCUUUUUUGUGAAAAAUUACGGGGUACAGGAGUGUUGCAAGAUUAUAAUCGUGCCACAGUGGAAGAGCAAGUAGCAAGAUUUUUGUCUAUUCUUGCCCAAACUGGUGGCAAGUAUCGCAAUCUGGCUUUCUAUUAUCAUCGAAGUAUUGGGACUAUCAGUAAUCAUUUUCAUAAUGUCUUGCGAGCUGUGAUAAGUUUAGCACCUCAAUUCCUGAAUCAACCUAGUGCAACAACGCCAGUGUCCUCCGUAAUAAGCAGUAACUCUAGAUUUUUUCCG